GUUGAGCCGCUUAAUCUUGCUGGUAGUUAAACGAAAACGCCGCUGAUUCUGAAGCCUUUGAUAUCAAUAUCAUACUAUUCCCUCUAAACUAAAGCCACACAGAAAUUGGAGUAUAGCCACGCGACGCGCCUUGGUUACUCCAUCUUUUCUCCUUCUCUUUUGGAAUCAAUUUGGGUCACAUUUCACCCAUGAUCUGUAACUAUGCCACAUUCGUCUCCGUCGCUUUGCCAUCAUCGUCUGUGCCCACAAAUUGUGUGGUUUUUUCAAGAGAAUUCCUUCGGCCAAAGAAAACCCUUUUGGCUGUGAAGGUGAGGAAGAAGGCUAGCAGCCUUAGAGUUAGAGUAAGAGCUUCAAAGGGUGAUGAUAGUGGUCAAUCAACAAAUUGGUCACGGUGGAUACCUGCCAGCUCUGUUGCUGCUGAUAAAAUUUUCAGAUUGAUUGCUGGUGCCACGGCUAGUCCCAUUGGCCAGUUUGUGUCGUCUCCCAUCACCUUUCUUCAUUCUAUUGACCCUCGAGUCAAAUUGGUAUGGCUUUUAGCUCUGGUUGUUCUACCGGCAAGGUCACAUAUGAUUAUGCGAUUUGGAUUAGUAAUAUACUUAACUUUGCUUUCAAUUUGGGUUCUACCAAGAAAUGUUUGGACGGAUCAAUUGGGAAGAGUUUAUUUGCUAUCAGGAUUGUUAUUCAUAACAUUAGGGCUGGGUUCAGAUGGUGUGCCCGCACUUGUUCAGUUGAGAACUCCACCUCCUGCGAUGAUGGGGCUUCCUAGUAUUCCUGUAUCUUUAACAGGUUAUUCCUAUGUAAUCACGAAGUUGGGUCCAUUAACCUUUACAAGGAAAGGCUUAUCUGUAGCAAGUACUGCUGCAUGUUUGACUUUUACAGUAUUUCAAAGUGCAAGUCUCUGCCUCACAACUACAACCCCUGAACAAUUAGCAUUUGCAUUGCGAUGGUUUAUGCUCCCUCUGAGAUACAUAGGUGUCUCUGUGUCAGAAAUUGUGCUUACCCUUUUACUGUCAUUGAGGUUUAUCAGUCUAGUUUUUGAUGAGGUUCGGAACAUUGCUUUAGGGAUUGUGUCUCGUAGGGUAAAUUGGAAACAGCUGACUGUUAUGGAGACAAUUGAUAUUUUCUUUAACUACUUCCGGCGCAUCUUCAAAAAUAUUUUCAGCCAUGCAGAGCAAAUAUCUGAGGCUAUGAUAGUCAGAGGUUUCAGAGGGGACGGUGAUGCUCAUAAAAUUUACUUCUUAUCAGAAUCAUCUUUUGGGAUGGCAGAUAUUAUAUGUUUGUUGUGCUUGUCAGCUGUCAUAGGAGCUGCUCUCCUGUCUGAGUACUACCUUGUCUAAUAAUAUAUCCUACUCGUGCAUCGGUAAGAGCAUUUUGCAAUGAUGUAUGUAUGUUUGUAUGUAUUUAUGACUUUCAUUCAAUUUAUCAUAUUUGGAUUAGCAAGAGAAAAAUCAUUAGAGUCCCUUGUAUGAUCGGGCACAGAGCAGACUUCAGUAAAUUAUGCAGUUUCCCCAUGAUUAUAUGAUACAACGGAAAAGAUCGAAAGAUGAAGUGUGGAAAAUUAGGAUGGCUUCUGAUAUUAUCUUUAUCAGAUAUUGAG